CUCGCUCGUGUGUAUAAAACCCAUCCCCACGCAGCUCCCCCCCUCCCAAAGCAAACCACCUCAAUAAUUCCAUUCCAAGCAUUCUCUGCCCAGCCAUUCCAAGCAUCCUGCCCGUUUCAAGGCAUCUAGGGAAGAAGAAGAAUGGGGUUUGUGCUGGUGAUCUCCCUGCCGUUCAUCUUCUUCACCAUCCUGCUCGGCUUCGGCUGCUACUUCCUAGGCAAGCACAGGGGCCGCGAGGAGAUGCGCGCCGGCGUUGGCGCGCAGAUCUACGGCACGCCCCUGCCGCCGCCUGGCGUGGCCGGGAGCUCUCCGGGACCAUACCCGUUGACGAAAGAGGGGCCUGCCAACGUCUGAUUGAUCGAGCUCCUUGUCUGGAACAAAAUUGUGUCAUCUUGGUGUCGCUGGUUGGACUAUACUGUGUUCAUGUGUACAUUAAGUGAUCUGUUGUUUGUGUUGUUUGUGAUGUUCAGGGGGAGGUGGGGAUUGUGACCUGGUGUGAUAAUUUGUAAUCACAGUUCGUGUUUUUCAUUAUAAGAACUGCAAAUGGUUUACGUU